GAUUACUAAUUGAUUACUCUCACCACAACACAUCAAGUAACUCGAGAGCGCCUAGAUUUCUAGCCUCUCUGCUCUUCAUCUCUCUGUUUGAAAUCCUCGCCUUGCUGUUGGGCGGACGACUGGUGGACACUCUGAGUGCUUGCAUCUGUACAUACAAACAUGGCGAGGCGUUUGCUUUGUUGCUUGAUGGCGUUGAUGCUGCUCUGUCUGGUUGUUGAGUUGGAGGCCAAGCCGUGGUCAUUUCUUACUCAGCUGCAGGAGAUUCUUGGUGGGAGAGAGAAACGACAGGCGAUUCCGCCCGAGUGUCGACAAAGACGGUUGUGCAAGAAAGGAGAGAAGGGGGACUCUGGCAAACCUGGAAAUAAUGGAAGAUCAGGAUUUCUUGGAUAUCCUGGUGAACAAGGUGCACCAGGAGUCAAAGGAAGUCCAGGAGACAAAGGAGAGAGCGGAGAAGUCGGUGUGCGAGGAUGGCAUGGAAGACGUGGAGGUCUUGGCCCACCUGGAGAUAAGGGAGCUCAGGGCAUGCAAGGAAUGAAAGGAGACAUUGGUAUGCAGGGCAUUUCCGGUUUGUGUGGAAUACCAGGAUUGCCUGGUGAACCCGGCUCAACAGAUAAUGCCACCGGAGAAGCUGGAGACAAAGGACAAAAGGGAGAUGCAGGCCAACGAGGUUCACAAGGUGAAACGUAUUUAGGAGAGAACCCAGUGGGACAGAAGGGAGAGAUUGGUGACUCUGGCUUACCUGGAGACAGCGGAGAUAACGGUACAAAGGGAGAGAAGGGGGUCAGGGGUGAUGAUGGGAUAUCAGGGCAAAGGGGAGUGAAUGGUGUAGACGGACUAGAUGGAGAAAAGGGUGAAAAGGGCAGCUCAGCUAUUGGAUUUCAAGGCGACAUAGGAGAGGAAGGCGAACCAGGUGUACCGGGUGCCAAAGGCGAGGUCAUUGAGAUGAAGCUUGGUGGCAAAAACGAAACUGACAUUUUUCUAAACAUGACCAAAGGCCUUCCAGGAAAAAAAGGGGAAAAGGGUGAGAAAGGAAGUGUAGUUACUGGUCCAAAAGGUGUCGAAGGGGAUACAGGUUUUGAAGGCAUUGAUGGGUUUGGUGGUUUGGAUGGUGAGCAGGGAGAGCCUGGACUGACUGGUGCUCCUGGAGAUUCGGGAGAGGACGGUAACAAGGGAGAAAGGGGAGAUAUUGGAGACCCCGGAGAGAUCGGUGGCUUUACCAUGGGAGACAAGGGAGAAAGAGGAGAGAACGGAACCGUAACACCUGGAGACAGAGGAGAAAUG